AGACGCAGCAACAGCUACACAAAAUCACUUGUCAGACAGCACAAAACAUCGAUCCAAAAGCACUUCUCGGACAGCAAAUCGUCUCGAUCCUGUUAUUAGUAUUCAGGCGCCAUGGCAGCUGGAAGCUCCCAUGUUUCUGCUGAUGCAAGGAAGCUGGUGGGCAAGGUGGCGGUGAUCACCGGCGGCGCGAGCGGCAUCGGCGCGUGCACGGCGCGGCUGUUCGUGAAGCACGGCGCCCGCGUCGUGGUCGCCGACAUCCAGGACGAGCUGGGAGCUAGCCUCGUCGCCGAGCUCGGCCCGGACGCGUCCAGCUACGUGCACUGCGACGUCACGAACGAGGGCGACGUCGCCGCCGCGGUCGACCACGCCGUCGCCAGGUUCGGGAAGCUCGACGUCAUGUUCAACAACGCCGGCGUCAGUGGCCCGCCGUGCUUCAGGAUGAGCGAGUGCACCAAGGAGGACUUCGAGCGCGUGCUCGCCGUGAACCUGGUCGGCCCGUUCCUGGGCACCAAGCACGCGGCGCGGGUGAUGGCGCCGGCGCGCCGCGGCAGCAUCAUCUCGACGGCGAGCCUGUCGUCGUCGGUGUCCGGCGCGGCGUCGCACGCGUACACGACGUCGAAGCACGCGCUGGUGGGGUUCACGGAGAACGCGGCCGGCGAGCUGGGCCGGCACGGGAUCCGCGUCAACUGCGUUUCGCCCGCCGGGGUCGCCACGCCGCUGGCGAGGGCUGCCAUGGGCAUGGACGACGAGGCAAUCGAGGCGAUCAUGGCGAACUCGGCGAACCUGAAGGGCGCAGGCGCACUCAAGGCGGACGACAUCGCCGCCGCGGCGCUGUUCCUCGCCAGCGACGACGGCCGGUACGUGAGCGGCCAGAACCUGCGCGUCGACGGCGGCUUGUCCGUCGUCAACAGCAGCUUUGGUUUCUUCAGGGACUGAAAAUGAUUUGGGACCAGUCGUCAGUCGAUCGACAAUACUACAUUACGUCGUUAUAUAUGGUUGAUGUUAUUUGUGUUGCAUUCUUGAAUAAACUAGCAUCCAUGGUUCCCCGCUUGUUUGCGAGGACAUUCCAUCGCUAGCUAGAUUCUGUCUUGUAUUUGUAUUUGUUGGAAGAGUGAAAUACAUGCAUGAACGGUGCUUAAACUA